AGGCCUCAAGCAUGAAGAAAUCUCAGGGACUGAACAACCUCAGCCAGGCCGCAGAAGAGGCUGUGGGGAGAGGACGGGGCCAGGGGAGAGGCCCUCCAAGCCCUGCCAUCCCUCCUAAGAGAGCCAAAGUUGCAGCUGAGCAGGGGGACCCUGCCGCCCCAGUCUUCCUGCAGGAGCUGAAGGACACAGCUCUCAGCCUCGGCCGCAAUAUUCCGCUGAGGGUGGUAGUGGCUGGCAGCCCCCGGCCGCAUCUCAGCUGGUACAAAGAGAAGGUGCCUGUUGCCCCCACUGAGGAGGAGGAGGAGGAGGAAGAGGACAAAGAGGAAGAGGAGUAUGGCAGCUUCUGGAUCCGCAACAGCAAAGUGAUUGAUGGUGGGGUCUACUCUUGCAUAGCCAAGAAUGAGCAUGGCGAAGCUGUCACCAGCGCCACGGUGACGGUCACAGAUGUGGAAGACUCGGAGACGGGAGAGGAUGAUGCCGGCAGCACACAGGUGACCCAACGCAGCCAGCUCCAAGAUGAGACAACCUAUAGCUCCCCUACAGGGGAGUCGGACACGCUGGUGGAUGCCUCCAUGAAGACAACUCCGACCUCGGUGCCAGGCCUGUCUCAGACAGAUGAGCACUCCAGUUGGUCAGGGAGCCAGACAACGGUGUUGGAGAAGGAUCCAGAUGCUGGCCCCACGGUGAAGGGACCCUACCUGCACCCCAGCAUUCCAAGGCAAGCACCUGCCGAGGCCCGGCACCUGGGGGUGGAGCCGCUGGUGCGGGCAUCACGGGCGGAGCUGAUUGGCGUGGCCCCGGGGUCCGAGGACAGCCUGUCUCUGGGGAGCGACCCCUACGGCAGUGCCUUCAGCUUGUACCGGGGCCGUGCCCUCUCCCUGCACGUUAAUCUCCCCCAAGGUGGGUACCGAAGGGAUGAUACCACCACCACCAGCAAAACCAGCACAAAUACCCUCCAUCCACCUGCACAGAAACCUCCUCUCCAGCGGCCUGUGUCCCCCCGAGCAGGGCAAUGUCCAGUCCAACCACCUGGAGCCAGCCGUGGCCCCACACCCCCGGUGGCUCCUCGCAGGAAGCUGCUGAUGCCUCCUGAGUUCCAAGACACAGCAUCAGAGGAGUUUGAUGAAAAGCUGAAGCGCCCUAAGUCAUCUGGCUACUCUCAGACUGGCACAGGAGAAUCACGGCCCCAGACACCACUGAGCGAGGCCUCCAGCCGUGUGUCCGUCCUCCGCCCAUCUCCCAAGCUGCCACGAUCAGGUUCUAAGAUCUUUGACAAGCUCAAAUUCUUUGAGGAGCGUAGGAAAAGUCUGGAGCAUAAUGAGAACCCUUUUGCCGACCACAAGUGGCUACCACUACGGAAGACACGCUCGUUCGAUCAGGUUGGCUUUGAUGAUGUAAGUCCCUUCAUGCCAACUGGGUCUCAGGAGGACUUGCAAGAGGAUGCCUGCUCAGAAUGGGGAGGUGUGGCCUGCCGGCGCCGUGCCUUCCAUCAAAAGGCAGCUUCCCUGGAUGAGCGUGGCCGCUUCUCCCGCCAUGUGUUUGACCUUGAGCACAAAUUCACUGAGGAACUUGGUCGCAUCAAGCGCACUGUGUCUCAGCAACAACUUCGACGAUCACAAGAAUUGUUUCGAUCCCCAUCUCCACAUAACUCCAUUGAGCCUCCUGCCCCCCGAGUUCCACCACCACGAAAGCUGAAACCACUCAAGGCUUUGCCACCUACAGAGAAUGCACAUGGUGUGCAGCAGCUGGUGUUGUCCAGUGUGGGAUUAGUGGGACCCAGAGAUGAGCCCAAGGGGAUACAGAAGCCUCUGUCAAGAAGUGGGGCAACAGGUGAGCUGACUGGAGGACAGGACAGAGGCUGUAAGGAAACCGAGAUGAAUGGACAGGCUCUGCGGCAGAAGGUGGAGCAAUGCCCACUGUCCUGUGCUGCCCCAUUGAGACAGAGGGACCCAUCACAGACUGGGCCUCUUGAGGUCACGGAUAGCACAGAUGGGGGCUCUGUGAACAUGUCAAAAGGGAGUCAUGAAUCAAAGGGUCCAGGUGAGGCCUCCCAUGUCCGCAAACGGGAAUCAGGCCAGGAUGGACAUUCUCUGCCCUGGACCAAGACUGGAACAGAAUCAGGCACAGAUAAAAGCAGGACAGGAACCCAUGGCACGAGCAGAGAGUCAGAGAGAAAGGCUGGGAAAGUGUCAGAGAAAAAGGACAAUGCAUGGCAGCCUCAAGAAGGGAAGAGCACACGGAGCAGAGGAAAAGGCCGCCGGUCCCACAGAAUGUCACCUGAACCAGAAUCCUCUGAUGAUUCCUACAUCUCAGCGGGUGAGGACCCACUGGAGGCACCCAUCUUUGAGAUCCCUAUCCAGGAUGUAACAGUCACAGCUGGAACUGAGGUGCUGCUCAGAUGUAUAAUCACUGGCAACCCUUCCCCAGAAGUGUCAUGGCGGAAAGAUGGGAUCCCCUUUCGGAGCAGCGCCCCUCGCCCGAUCAAAGCAGAGGGCGAGCGCCACACCCUGCUGGUCAGGAGCGCCCGCGUGGCUGACGCCGGCCUCUACUCCGUUUGCGCGACCAACGAAGUGGGCGAAGCCUGCUGCAGCGCCAUCCUGACCGUGCGAGCAGCUCCCCCAGACAGCCACAGUCGACUGGCACCUCCCCAUGAACUCAGCAGCCCUGUCACAUCGGAUGAAGAGUACUUGAGCCCCUUGGAGGAGUUCCCCGAAGCUGGCACUCCUCGGCAUCACCGUGCCAUGAGAGGGCAACCCCGAUCUGAGAUCAGCCCAGCCCCUGUGCAUGUGGGCAUCAACUUCAAGGCUGCCCCAUCCUUUGAGGUGGCACUGAGUGACCAGACAGUACCAGAGGGACAAGAUGUAGUCUUGCGCAUUCAGGUGCAGGGGGAGCCCAAGCCCAUUGUGCACUGGCUGAAGAAUCGACACCCAGUAAAAUAUGGGCGGCGCAUUUCUGCUGUGGAGGAGGGUGGCUCCUUUUGCCUACAUAUCCGAAUGGUGGAGUGCACUGAUGCUGGCUAUUAUGCCUGCAAGGCCAUCAACGAGUAUGGCACCAAGCAGUGUGAGGCCAAGCUUGAUGUGCAAGUGCACCCUGAGACCCAGUCCCUGGCCGUGCUGGCACCCCUGCAGGACAUGGUGGUGGGGGCUGGGGAUGCUGCUAUCUUCGAGUGCCUGGUGUCUGGCCCACCGGAUGUGGACGUGGACUGGCUGUGGCGGGGGCGCCUGCUCCAGCCUGCCUUGCUCCAGUGCAAGAUGCAUUUCGACGGGCGCAAGUGCAAGCUGCUGCUUACCUCUGUGCAUGAAGAUGAUAGUGGUGUCUACACGUGCAAGUUAAGCACGGCCAAAGAUGAGCUGACCUGCAGUGCCAAGCUGACAGUAUGGCCUUCACACCAGCCCCUCUUCACCCGCAAAUUGGAAACCGUGGCUGUGGUGGAGGGACGGGCUGCACGAUUUGACUGCAAGAUUAGUGGGGAACCCCCACCAACUGUCGUCUGGACUCGCUUUGGCCAGCCUGUGCAAGAAGGGGAAACCGUGCGUUUGCAGCAAGAUGGGGGGCUGCACUCAUUGGUCCUCCUACACGUGAGCUCUGAGGAUGAGGGUCAGUACGGGGUGAGUGCCAGCAACAAGCACGGCCGGGCUGAGUGCACUGCAGAGCUGUACGUGGAGGAGCCCCGUCCUGCAGCUAGCUCCCAGAUCUCCAAGCUGGAGAAGAUGCCAUCUAUUCCAGAGGAGCCAGAACAAGGAGAGAGUGAAGUGGAGCGUUUCACCAUGCCUGACUUCUUGCGACCACUGCAUGACCUGGAUGUGGUAGACUCCAAGGAAGCUGUUCUAGAGUGCCAAGUGGCUGGGCUACCCUACCCUUCCAUCACCUGGUUCCACAACGGCCGGCGCAUUGAGAGCACAGAUGACCGCAGAAUUAUACAGUACAAGGAUGUACACCGCUUGGUCUUCAUUUCUGUCAGCCAUGCCCAUGCUGGGGUUUAUAAAAGCGUCAUUGCCAACAAAGUGGGCAAGGCCACCUGCUAUGCACACCUUUAUGUCACAGAUGUGGUGCCGACCCCUCCAGACGGGCCACCCACCGUAGAUACUGUCACUGGCCGAGCUGUCACACUGCAAUGGAACAAGCCCAAGUGGCUGGACUCCGCUAUUGAUCCUGCCUCUGUCACCUACACUCUCCAACAGCAGAUCCUGGGCACCAGCCACUGGACUGUUUUGGCCACGGGCGUGUGUGGCACCAGCUAUACCAUUCUGGCUCUGACCAAGGGUAUCCGGUACUUGUUCCGUGUCCUGACAUCGACAGCCAAGGCCAACAGCAAGCCCUCUCCUCCCAGUGACCCAGUGCAGCUCCUUGACCGAGGCCCCUACCUAGAAGAGGCUCCCGUGGUCCUGGACAAACCGGAUGUGGUCUAUGCUGUAGAAGGGCAACCAGUCUACGUCACUGUAACUCUCAACCAUGUAGAGGCUGCUGUCACCUGGAGGAGGUCUGGUGUGGUGCUGAAAGACAAUGACCCCAACUGGGAGAUGAGUAUGCCUGAUGAUGACCAGCAUUCAUUGAGAUUCUUCCGGGUUGGCAAAGGUGAUGUAGGGGAAUUGACCUGCGAGGUGAGCAACCAGCAUGGAUAUGACCACUGCUUCAUCAGCUUGGAGCUGGCAGAGGGACCCUGCUUUGAAUCGAUCAUGGAAGACAUUGAAGUCGGGGUGGGUGAGACACCACAGUUUGCCGUGGUGGUAGAGGGCAAACCUCUUCCAGACAUCAUGUGGUAUAAGGAUGAGGUGCUCCUAACUGAAAGCAACCACCUGAGCUUCGUGUAUGAAGAAAGUGAAUGCUCACUGGUUGUACUGAACACCACAGAGCAAGAUAGUGGGGUCUAUACAUGCAUUGCACGCAACCUGGCUGGAGAAGUGUCUUGCAAGGCCGAGCUUGUCGUUCGUGCAGCUGCACCAGAUGCUGAUGCCGCACUGGCAGAGAAGGAAUCACACACCACUCGUCACCUGGCUGACUAUUAUGAUGUGCAUGAGGAGAUCAGCAGGGGAGCUUUCUCAUAUGUUCGACGAGUGUCUCAGAAGAGCUCUGGUUUGGCCUUUGCUGCCAAGUUCAUCCCUUGCCGUGCCAAGGCCAAGAAAUCAGCGCGCCGUGAGCUGGGCAUCCUAGCUCAGCUGGACCACGAGCAUAUCGUCUACUUUCACGAUGCCUUUGAGAAGAGGAAUGCUAUCAUCAUUGUCAUGGAGCUCUGCACAGGAGACGAACUGCUGGAGCGGAUAGCAAGAAAACCCUCCGUGAGCGAAUCUGAAAUACGCUCCUAUAUGCGGCAAGUCCUGGAGGGCAUCAGCUACCUCCACCGUCACGGCAUCCUGCACCUUGAUAUUAAGCCUGAAAACCUGCUGCUGGCUGAACCAGGCAGUGAUCAGGUGAGGAUCUGUGACUUUGGCAAUGCCCAGGAACUGACUCCAGACGAGCCACAGUACUGCAAGUACGGCACCCCUGAAUUUGUAAGCCCUGAGAUCAUCAGCCAGAGCCCCGUCUCCAGUGUCACCGAUGUUUGGCCAGUGGGAGUCAUCACAUACUUAUGCCUUACAGGAAUCUCCCCAUUUGUGGGUGAGAACGACAAGACCACACUCAUGAACAUCCGCAACUACAACGUAGCUUUUGAGGAGAGCAUGUUCACAGGACUGACGCGAGAGGCAAAAGGCUUUGUUAUCAAAGUGCUGGUUAAUGAUCACCUGAGGCCCAAUGCAGAGCAGACCCUAGAACAUCCCUGGUUCAAGACACUGGCAAAGGGCAAGAGCAUCAGCACGGAUCAUCUCAAGCUGUUCAUAUCCCGUAGGAGGUGGCAGCGCUCCCAGAUUAGUUACAAGUGCAACAUGGUGCCACGGCCUAUCCCUGAGCUUCUGGAGGACACAUCUAGCCACUUGUCCAUUGCUGUGCCACGCCUUCUCAAGGAGACUUCAGUGCUGUCCUCAUCUUCUGACUCUGAUGACCCAGAAGAAUUGCCCUAUAUCCCCAUGCCCCAUCAGCCUGAAUUUUCUGGUUCUCGCAUGUCUCUCACUGAGAUCCCCACAGAUGAUGAGCCUCUGGGCCCAGAUGGUGCUCCAGUGGAUGAAGAAGGUACGUCCAUGGAAUGGCAGGAUGAAGGACAGGGAGUUGCAGUGGACACCAAGAGAAAGGAAGAGGUGGAGUCUUCUGUCAGGAGGCAGAAGGGUAUGUUGCCACGAAAGCGCUCCACAGAGGCUGAGGAGCUUGGCUGUUCUGACGAGGAGGCUCGUGACACCAGGAAGAGAUCUGAAUACCCCAGGAAGGCCCUGAAGAAAGGUUCUAGUCUGGAUUCCCCAGAAGCAUCAGACAAGACUUCACACAAGAGGGAGCUGCGUCGUGGCAGUUCUGCCGAUAGCGCCCUAUUGCUUAGCCUUCCCUCAGAUGAAGCCGAGUAUCAGUCUCAUUCCCGUAAAAAACUGAUCAAGGCAGCCUCCAUGGAGUUGCCCCAUCGGAGCCCCAGCCCUGGAACAUUGUGCCACAGGAAGGGUGGUUUGCCUGAGGAAGAAUACACUCAGCGUUUGGAGCUUAUGCGCCAACGCUUGCUACGUGGCAGUCCUGUGGAUGGCAAAUUAAGUGGAUUGCGUGGACCCCUGCUAGAGACACUUGGCCUUGAGAAGAAGGUGUCGAGGCCUCCCAGGCUGGAGAAACAGCUGUCCCCUGGACAUAAGAUGGUGCGUGCAGCGUCUAGCGAGGCAGCUCCUCAGCAACUGCCCCCUGAGGGGCGCCUCCUCCAAAAGAGCAGCUCCUUCAGCCAAGGUGAUGGGGAGCCUGUUAUCCUGCACCGCCGCUCAGGAGCACCACUAGAAAUCCCCUUGGCACACACUGAGGCCCAGAGAUUAAAAGAGACACCGUCACUCUCAGCUUUGAAUGAGUCCAGACCACACACACCGCAUGAGGUUCCCUCCAAGCCACCCACCCCUGAGAUGGAAGAGUCAACAAAGCCUAGUACUAGGCCUGGUUUGAGGAGACCAACAACUAGGGGCUCUGAGGACAAGCCAUUGGCCAGACUCACCAAACCUGAUACCCCAACAUCUGUAAAAGCCAUAGUUCCCCGAAGGGAAUCAAUACCACUUGCACUAGUUUCACCCACUCCUUGCAGCUCAGCACCCAAACGUUCUGCCUAUGCCGAGGUUAUGCAGUCCAUCAUGCUUCCAGCUCACAAGGAGGCAACAGACACUUCUGUUGCUGCCCCAGAAAGUGUACCCCAAAGUUCCUCAGCGGCUAUGCAAUCCCACACUGCUGUCUAUGCCAAGGUGGCAGCUCAGAUGUCUGGCAAAGAGUCAUCUGUCCCAGCUCACUCCUCUAGUACUGAAAACAUCCUGGACAUUGAUUCUGAAGAGGUGUUUGAAGCCAAGUUCAAGAGAAGCCGGGAAGGCUCCUUCAGCAGGGGCCGUAAACUACUUUCCAGGUCAGAGGAGCGGCAGCUGGCUGGGCCCCUGGUGCGAGAAGAAGGCAUCUAUCGGCCCAGUCCAGUGGGUGCUCCACUCGAGCUGUCCAAGACUGUGGCCUCUCGGCGCCUGGGAGAGCGCUCUCGCUCGGUACAAGACCUGCAUGAGGUGGAGAAAGAAACCGGUUUCAUUCGCAGGAUGUCAAUGCGACUCCGACGCACGCCCCCCACUGAAAGAAGGAAGAUCAAGGAGGAGGGAGGAGGAGGAGCCACAGUCCAGGGCCAGCGGCUUCCCAGGGGCCUGAUGUCCAAGGACAAAAAGGACUCAGACAGCCCAGGGUCAGAACCAGGAUCCAGUGAGUCACCCGUCAUGGCUGUACGCAGGAAGAUUGGCACCACCAUGGGGCGUCUCUCCACACACCUACGCAGCCAUUCGCAGCAGCAUGCUGAUGAAGACCAUACAGCCGUGGCCGGUGACCAUAUCAGACAGCCUGAGAAGAGAAUUCCUUUGCUCUCUCAGCUGCGUCGGGCAAAUUCUGAAGGUGAAAAUCUACGCCAGGUGGGCAUCCCACAGAACCAGCUGGCAGCCCAAUCUGCCACUGUCCCUUCCACAGAGUCCUUCCAGUCUGAAUCAUCCACAGGCAAUGUUCCCAGUGAUGGCCAGCGUCGUGGUUCUCGCUGGGAACGCUGGAACAUGUCCCGAGCCAAAAAAGACAAAGUUGCAUCACAGCCCAACAUUCCUGCCAGCCUGCUGAGAGGAGAUGGCGUGGUCAUUGUGAGCCAACCCUACAUGCUCAGCGAGUCAGACUUCCCUCCAGUUUUCCACAUAAAAUUGAAGGACCAGGUAUUGCUGGAAGGAGAAGCAGUGCAACUCUGCUGCCUUCCUGCUGCCAGCCCUGCCCCCCGUAUACUGUGGAUGAAAGAUAAGUGUGCCCUUGUGUCAGAGGGUGUUCUCAACAUUGUGGCAUGUAAAGACGGCCGCCAGCUGCUCACCAUCUCUAAAGCCUCUAAGAAGGAUGCAGGCCUGUAUGAAUGCCAUGCUACAAAUGCCCUGGGCACUGCCACCAGCUCCUGCACAAUAUCUGUUGCACGGCUUCCUGGGAGACCAGGCACUCCAGAAAUCCCCCAGAAGUACAGGAACACAGUUUUGGUUCUUUGGAGGCCAGCAGAUAGCCAGGCACCCUGCACAUAUAUGCUGGAACGCAAGAUGGAUGGGGAGCAUGAGUGGAAAAUAGUCAGCUCAGGCAUUGCUGACUGCUACUUCAAUGUAACGGAUCUUCCAGUUGGGAGCAACAUCAAGUUCCGCGUUGCCUGUGCCAACAAGGCUGGACAAGGGCCCUAUAGCAACCCCUCAGGGAAGGUGUUCAUUGAGAGUGCAGAACUCAAGGCUGCCCACUCAGCUGUCACUGCCAAAAAGAGUAUGACUGCCCAAGAGAAAGUGUCUUCCACCAGAUCCACUCAGACCUCUGCUGACCAGCUUCCCCAGCCAACACUCAAAACCACAGAACCCCUGCCUUCCACUCCUCCAAGGAAGCAGAAGGGAUCAGUGCCUAAACUAGGACAGGCUCAGGCCAAGGAGGAGAAGUCUCUGGCUGCAGAGAAAGAGAAGACCACAACCGUGCCACAUCCCUCCAAAGAUGCAUCUUCUGAAUGUCCAGCCAUCACCGUGUCUUCUCCAGAGCCAGCACUGAAGCCUUCCAGGACUGCAUUGUCUCUUAGCACCCGCAGUGGCUCCACGACCGCCAAGAUUCCACCUGCCCCAGCAGCCACCCCUGGCUCUUCUCUCUCCAAAUUCUCUCCUAUCUCCCCUGCAUUACCAAGCCCCAUGGCACACUCACCUGUGACCAUCUCCCCCAAAGCUCUUCCUUACGUGGCCACUUCUUUUGUCUCUAACCCACCAGCAGCACCCAUGGAAGUGGCAUCCAGUCCCCUGACAACCCCCACUACCGAGGAUGUGCCUUCCCCUACACGUUGGGUGAGUCGGAACGCCACUCCUAGCAGGGACACUGGGAGUGGCGCCCAUGGCUGGCUCACCUCAUCUGCAAAGGAUGACUCAUCCUUACGCCAGGGGGUCCCUCAAAAACCCUACACCUUCCUGGAUGAGAAAGCAAGGGGUCGGUUUGGAGUGAUCCGAGAAUGCAAAGAGAAUGCCACAGGCAAACGCUUUAUGGCCAAGAUUGUGCCCUAUGAGGCGGAGGAUAAACAAAGGGUUCUGCAGGAAUAUGACCUUCUUAAGGGCCUGCACCACGAGCGCAUCAUGGCAUUGCACGAGGCCUACAUCACACCCCGCUAUCUGGUGCUCAUAACCGAACACUGCACAGGGAAGGAGAUCCUCUACCACUUUGUUGACAGGUUCCGUUACUCUGAGGAUGAUGUGGUGGGCUAUGUCACACAGAUCUUCCAGGGGUUGGAGUAUCUGCAUGGACGGCGCAUCAUCCACCUUGAUCUCAAGCCUGAUAACAUUAUUGUCUCCUCCUUAAACACAGUAAAAAUAAUAGACUUUGGCUGUGCCCAAAAUUACAAUCCCCUGGUACUGCGCCAGCUAGGGCACCAUGUUGGCACAAUAGAAUACAUGGCUCCAGAAGUGGUAAAAGGCGAUCCAGUUGGUUCAGCAGCUGAUGUCUGGGGUGUGGGAGUCCUCACAUACAUCAUGCUGAGUGGUCGGUCACCAUUCCUUGAAGCGGAUCCCUUGGAGACAGAGAGCAAGAUUCUGGCAGGGCGCUACGAUGCCUUCAAGCUGUACUCCAAUGUCUCCCAGAGUGCUGCACUCUUCAUUCGCAAGGUCCUCUCUGCCUAUCCAUGGAGCCGCCCAACUAUCAAGGAUUGCUUUGCCAACCCCUGGCUCCAAGAUGCUUACCUGAUGAAGCUGCGGCGCCAGACCCUCACUUUCACCACUAGUCGCCUGAAAGAGUUCUUGGUGGAGCACCAGCGUCGGCGCAAUGAGGUGGCCACCAAGCACAAGGUCUUACUGCGCUCCUACCAUGGCGCCAGCAGCCACAUGCCCUAGCCGUCUGCCCUGCCGGAGGAGCCACAGAACAUUCCAGCAGGGGGCGUGGUGGGCCAAGCACCCGUCCACCCAGCCAGGGUGGGACUGGUCGAUAUACCUCAUGGAUCAGGAAGAGUCGUCAGCACUGGCCGCUGUUCUUCACUCCACCCACCAGACUUGGCAGUAAGCUGCCUUAGAAGGAGUGAAUCAGUGCCUGAUGACAGAAAACGGCAGAUUGACU